GUCUUGUCAAUUUGUCAUUUACAGAAUUUCUGUAGAACUGUCCUGGUGUGUUAAUAUGAAUUAAAGAACUUCAAGAACUGGGCAGCUGAUUUGAUUGAUGAUUGGAGCAAAACUUGUAAUUUUUCCAAAUUCAAUUUAAGGGGAAAAAAAGAAGCAAACUCACUUUUCCAGAGGUUGACUUUUGCUCCAUAUCAUAUUCACCCGGAAUCCAGGAGUGCAUCUCACGUCCUGGACAACGGCCAAGGAAGAAAAAGUUCAAUACCUGAUCGAAAAGCCAGAGAUUGCAUAUGGAGGAAGACCACAACAACCACAACAAUAACAGUAGAAGGUUGGAAGAAAAAGACGAAGAAGAUCGAUUGAGUUCACUUCCAGAUGUAAUCAUAAACGACAUUUUGUCUCUCCUCCCAAUCAAAUCCGCCGCCGCCACCUCCGUCUUAUCCCACCGAUGGCGCCACCUUUGGACUGGUGUUACCCGCUUCGAAUUCGAAUCCCGUACCUGGCCAGAAUCUGCUUCCCUCUUCCGCAUCCUUUGCCGUCUCACCUAUCGGGAUAAGCUCCGCACCUUCACUCUUAUUCUGGAUGAUAGUUCGGCGAUUUCUUGGGGGGAUUUAAAACGGUCUUUUUCUGUAGUUUGCCGCCAAAAUGUGGAGGAAAUCAAGGUAAUAUCUAAUACGCCUCUACCACGUUGUGUUUUUAAAUGCGAGUCUCUUGUUGUUUUGGACUUGGGUAGUGUGCUUCAUUGUAGAUUGCUUAAAGCUGAUAAAAUCCGUCUUCCUAAUCUCAACAAGCUUCGUUUGUGCCUACCUGACGAAUCCGUCCCGGUAAUCCCGGCCGUGUUUAUAUCUUCUCCAUUGUUGCAAGAUUUAUGUUUGGAGUUUCAUUCUUUAAAACAAAAACAUGUUGUGAAUAUAUCUUCUCCGAAUUUGAAAUCCUUGGAUAUAGUACAGAUGGUGUGCCCACAUCAACACAGUGCAUUUCUUAUUAACACACCCAACUUAACAAACAUAAAGAUACGCGAUUCUAGUUCAUUUUACGUCUUUGUUCAGAAUCCAGCACAAUUACUCACAGCUUAUAUCGAUUUCAUGUAUGGAAAACAUGAAAGCUGGGAUGAGGAUCUGAUGAGUGCGGCAGAUUAUUUUGACGAAAAUGCCAAGUUUGUUCAAGGAAUGUCUAGUGCUAGAAAGCUUCACCUACAGAGUGAUAUCCAGAUAUUUGCUCACCUUAAUCCGCCGGAGAAUGGGAUGAUUCCUACUUUACACAAUCUAACCUAUUUCAAAACGACCUUGGUUAAUGUUUUUAAUGGUUGGGAUGCUUUGCUAUUUUAUCUACAAGGUGUUCCCAACUUAAACGAUCUUGAGGUGAGUUUGGGACACAAUCCAGCAAUGGAUCAUCAGUAUUGGUGUGCACCAGAUUGUUUAGUAAGUAAAGUCAAGACGAUAACAGUAAGGGCGUUUGAGGGCAAUGAUGAUGAGCUUAAGUUGUUAGAAUACAUUUUAAAGAAUGCAUUUGUUUUGGAAGAGCUUCGAAUACAUGUUCGUAUCAAGGAUGAUCAUAUAGAAGCUCGACAAGGGAAGGAAUAUAAGUUUUGUGAGGCCAUGUUCAAGCUUCCAAGGAGCUCCUUGACUUCCGAGGUAAGAAGAAGGGACCCUAACUGAACCAGCACCUAGCACAGGUGAACCAGCCCAGCUCCGCAGGUCAUCGCUUGAGCCACUCCCAAGCAUUACGCAGUUGAUGGGGCUCGAACUUUGUGACCUCCAAGUCACAAGUUGAGUUCCCCACCAACUCCACCAACUUAUGUUGGUUAUACGAUUUGGUUAAUGCUUACUCCGUAAAACUGUUUUCUAGGUCCUGGAUUUGUACUAGUAUACGCCUUUAAUAUGUUAUGGCUUCUACUUGUGCGCGCCCUGGCUCUCGUACCUUUGUUUGUUAAAAAUGGAUUAUUUGUUGCUUAACUUGGUACAGUAUGAAGGACCUGUAAUCCUGUAUAAAGAGAAUGCGCACACUGGCCUAUUCUCUUGUUUAGGUUCUUAUUAUGUUUUGUUGUCAUUUCUAGAUCAAGCUGGAUCGUAGCUUCUCUGGAUGGUAAGAAGCCAAUAACUUUUCUAUUAGUUUGAA